UGCAGAUGCUGGAGAAUCGAAGGUUACACAAAAAAGCUGGAGAAACUCAGCGGGUGCAGCAGCAUCUAUGGAGCGAAGGAAUAUGAGUCAUAUUGAGUUUGAGAGACUCUGACAAACUCCUGGAUGGGCCUUCAAGAGAAUUCUUUCCACGAAAAUGAAGACUUUUACAUCAACCAGCUUCAGCCUCCAAAUGACUUAGUUCAAAAGUCACAAUACCAGUUUAUCCAAUUUAGUGUGAAUGUGCCCCACAGAGUGGCUUGGCAUAUAUUUAAAUACAGGUCAAUGGUAUUUGGACAUUUACAGGAUUUACAAUAUAUAUUAAUGGUUUAGACGAGGGAGACAAAGUUUGUGGAUGACACAAAGCUGGGUGGCAGUGUGAACUGUGAGGAGGAUGCUAUUAUAUGAGGCUGCAGGGUGACUUGGAUAGGUUGGGUGAGUGGGCAGAUGCAUGGCAGAUGUAGGAUAAUGUGGAUAAAUGUGAGGUUAUCCACUUUGGUGGCAAGAACAGGAAGGCAGAUUAUUAUCAGAUUAGGAAAAGGGGAGGUACAACGAGACCUGGGUGUGCUUGUACAUCAGCUUGUAAGCAUGCAGGUACAGCAGAAAGGCCUUCAUUGCGAGAGGAUUUGAGUUCAGAAGCAAGGAGGUCCUGCUGCAGUUGUACAGGGCCCUGGUGAGACUGCACCUGGAGUAUUGUAUGCAGUUUUGGUCUCCUAAUUUGAGGAAGGACAUUCUUGCUAUUGAGAGAAUGCAGCAUAGGUUCACCAGGUUAAUUCCUGGGAUGGAGGGACUGACAUAUGAUGCAAUAAUGGGUUGACUGGGCUUGUAUUUACUGGAAUUUAGAAGGAUGAGAGGGGAUUUAAACAUAUAAAAUUCAUAAAGGAUUGGACAGGCUAGAUGCAGGAAAAAUGUUUCCGAUGUUGGGGGAGCCCAGAACCAGGGGUCACAGUUGAAGAAUAAGGGGUAGGCCAUUUAGGACUGAGAUGAGGAAAAACUCCUUCACCCAGAGAGUUGUUAAUCUGUGGAAUUCUCUGCCACAGAAGGCAGUGGAGGCCAAUUCACUGGAUGUUUUCAAGAGAGAGUUAGAUUUAGCUCUUAGAACUAAAGGAAUCAAGGGGUGUGGGGAAAAAGCAGGAUUGGGGUACUGAUUUUAGAUGUUCAGCCAUAAUCAUAUUGAAUGCUGGCUCGAAGGGCCGAAUGGCUUACGCCUUGUGACCUAUUUUUCGAUGUUUCUAUGAAUCUCGUGCAUGGCGUAGGAGGAGACUGCAACAUAUAUGACAUUUUAUCCCAUCUAGGGCCACCAGAGGGUGAAAAUCUUCUUGGGAGGAUAGUAUAUAUCUCAUUUUUCGCUUGGGCAUCUUACAGCCCAGUGGUAUGAAUGUUGAUUUCUCUAACUUUAAGCAACCCGGGCAGUCCCUCUCUCUCUAUCCCUCCCCCACCCAAGUCGCACCAGCUUCUCGUUUUCACCUUAAAAAACAGCUGACAAUGGCCUGUUUCCUUUAUCAACGUUUCUGAUUUCCAAAUUUUUAAUUCAUUGUUCUUUAUCUCUCCACAUCAGCGUCUAUAUCUCUCAUUUCCCUUUUCCCUAAUGAGCCUGAAGAAGGGUCUCGACCCGAGACGUCACCCAUUCCUUCUCCCCAGAGAUGCUGCCUGCCCCGCUGAGUUACUCCAGCUUUUUGUGUCUCUCUUUUAAACCAGCAUCUGCAGUUCCUUCCUACACUAUCCCAUUAUCCAAUGGUCUGAAGAAGGGUCCCGGUCCGGAACGUCACCCAUCCUUUUUCUCCAGAGAUGCUGCCUGACCCGCUGAAUUACUCCAGCACUUUGUGUCUGUCUUCCUUUGUAUUCCAAACAGGGCCUCACCCAUGUUUUAUACAGCUGCCACAUGACUAUUAUAUUCAAUGAAGGCAAGGAUAUUAAACGCCUUCUUAACCACACUAUCCACAUGCGUUGCUACUUUCAGGAAGCUAUGGACUUGCACACCAAGAUCCCUCUACAUCAAUUUCUCGUUGGCCUGUGCCCUUUCUGUGAUGUGAAGGCCAGGAACUGAGCAGUGUGCUCCAAGUGUGAUCUGAUCACUAUCAUAAUGCAGCAUAGGUGGAGGACAUUUGGCCCAUUGUGGCGCUGCCAGCCCCAUCCUAUGAGUUCCACUCCCUCCGUCCUUUCACCGUUCUCCCUUUUUGUUUCCAUCAUAUUUGCAUCAAUGCAUGGUGGUGAUGUAAGUCCUGGCCUGCCCACUGUGAGUGGUCACUGUUUGCAGAGAGAGAGAGAGUGUUGUGCAAGGGCCGGACUGGCCAGGAAGCAGUUGCACAGACCUUUAGCCGAGUCGAGGCUCUCCGAAUGAAAGCCCAAUCAACAAGCACAGCUCUCUGUCCCCUCGAUAUGUUGCUAUCGUUCCUUGGAGCCUUUCCGACUGCCUGAUAGCGAUACAAUGAUCAGUCUUUCACUGCCCUUGUCGUCUCUGAACCUCCUUCUUCAUCUCUCGUGUAUCGGAUUGUUCUUUAAUCAGGCAUUUCUGGGAUCUGUCAAAGGCACCAGUGAUUCGCCUAAUUUUGGUGAUCCCUCAUCAAUUGGAGGACACAUCAGACGCCGGUCCGCGCAGGACACAAAUCAUCUGGAGCUCCUGGUUGUGGUGGGGCAGGAUGUGUACGAUGUUCACAAGCAAGACACAGAACGCUACAUCCUCACCAACCUGAACAUUGCUGCCGAGCUGUUGAGAGAUGCAUCCUUGGGAGCACAACUGCGAGUACACCUGACGAAGAUAGUCAUUCUGAGAGAACCUGAGCUGGAACUGGAGAUCACGAAGAACCUCACCUCAUCACUCAUGAGCUUGUGCAGGUGGAGUCGAGCAAUCAACCCGGAGAAUGAUUCUGACCCAGUCCAUGCUGACCUGGUUCUCUACGUCACCAGGUUUGAUUUGGAAUCAGAUGACGGCAACAAGAUGGUUCACGGCGUGACCCAGCGCGGCGGCCUGUGCAGCCGCGCGUGGAGCUGUGUGAUCACCGAGGACACCGGCUUUAAUCUCGGCAUCACCAUCGCCCACGAGAUCGGCCACAGUUUUGGCAUCAACCAUGAUGGGGAUAGGAACGACUGCGCUGGGAACCUGCAUAUCAUGGCGGCCGCGGGCGGCUACAACAGCGUUGACCUGACCUGGUCCAAGUGCAGCCGUGACCAGCUGGCAAAGUUCUUCAGAGCAAGACGAGGGACAUGUUUGGAUGACUUCCCAGCCACGGAAUCUGACCUCUCCAGCCAGAAGCCUGGCCUGUACUAUGGCAUGGACGACCAGUGCAAGAUAGCCUUUGGAGGCAAGGCCACCUCUUGCAGCUUCAGCCAACACGACAUCGAUGUGUGCAACGUUCUGUCAUGUCACGCGGAUCCAUCAGACCACAGCACGUGCACCCGCCUGUUCAUCCCCCUGCUCGACGGGACAGAGUGCGGCCAUAACAAGUGGUGUUUAAGAAGGAGUUGCAUGUCUCUCGGGGACCUGAAAAUGAUCGGGGCCGUCCAUGGGGCGUGGUCAAGUUGGAGCCCAUUCAGCGGCUGUUCACGGAGUUGUGGGGGUGGGGUCACGUCGAGGCACAGAUACUGCAACAAUCCAAGGCCUGGUUUUGGUGGCCGUAAGUGCGAGGGAACAGACCUGGAGGCAAAAAUGUGUAACGCACAGCUUUGCCAGGAUAGCCAGCUUGACUUCAUGGCUCUACAGUGUUCGGAGACCAAUUCUCAGCCUCUCGAACUGACACCCAGGGUCCCAGCUUACUACAAGUGGUUGCCUGCUGUUGGUUACGCAAAAGGGAGUGUGCUGUGCAAGUACAUGUGUCGUGUGGAUGGGAUGAGCUUCAUGUUGAGUCGGGGGGACAGUUUUGUGGAUGGAACCAGAUGUGAGUCGAGUAAUUUGGAGACAACAUCGCUGCACAAUCUGUGUGUGAAAGGACAUUGCAGGGUGUUCGGCUGCGAUGGAAGGAUGGACUCUGGCCAGAUGUGGGACAGCUGCAGGGUUUGUGGUGGUGACAACUCCAGAUGCCAGAAGAUGGUUGGCUCCUACACGGAGGGCACUGUCCAGGAGUAUGUCACUUUCCUGACGAUCCCACCACAUUCCACAAAUGUCCGCGUUUCCAACACCCAGGCUGUAUUCUCUCAUCUAGGGGUGAAGGUUAACGGGCAGUAUGUUGUUGCUGGUGCCAAGAAGCUUUCGCUCAACACAUCAUAUCCCAGCAACCUGGAGGACAAUAGAGUUGUGUACAGGUUGUAUCUGACCCAGCAGAACCUGCCGGCCUCUGAGGAGGUCAUCAUCCAUGGACCCACACGUGAAGCCAUUGAAGUACAGGUGUACCGGAAAUAUGGGAAGCAAUAUGGAGAUGUUGUGAAUCCCAACAUCACUUACAGCCUCUACGUGCCCAAGCGAGGUUAUUACUAUGACUGGCUCCCAGUUACAGGGGCAUGUUCAACAACAUGUGGGCCAGGAUCUACAAGAGUCCAUUACGUGUGCAGAGACCAGAGCUCUGAGCAAGAGGUGGCACUACAGCACUGCUCCCAGUCAGUGAGGCCAGCAGAUAGGUUGGAAACUUGCAACAUCGCAUCGUGUCUCCCUUGGUGGGAGGUGGGCGAGUUUGGUGCGUGCAACGCCUCAUGUGGCGGUGGACAGCGGGAAAGGGACGUUCGUUGCCUGAAGCAGGAGGCACUGGAGACGCAGUGGAACCCUGACACCGACUGUGCUGACUCUCCCAGGCCCCAGUCAAUGGAAAGGUGCAACGAACACGGCUGCCCCGUCAGGUGGAAUGUUUGGGAGACGAGUGUCUGCUCUGUGUCGUGUGGAGUUGGAACUGUUGGGCGGUCAGUUACCUGUGUCCAGUUCAUCAACGGCGCGGACGUGGAAGUGAACCGGACACAGUGUCCGGCAGAAACCCAGCCCCUGGGCAUCACUCCGUGCAUUGUCAGCAUCUGCCCCUUCGUGCUGGAUCAAGUACCCUGGUCUGAGGUGUCCAAUCAAGUGAGGAAGGAGAUUGGAAAAGUCAUGAACGUCACAGCCUUGGCAAGAAUGCCGACACAGAGUGACAGUUAUCUCUGGGUUCCUAUAAAGGGCCCCUGUUCUGUUAGCUGUGGCCAAGGAGUAUCAGAGAUCAGGUACAUGUGCAUCAAUGUUGAGACCAAGAAGGAAUCGCAAGAAGAAUAUUGUGAUCAGAGCUUCCAACCUCAGCUGCAUUACAUGCCAUGUGCCAAUAAAACAUGUCCCCCAUGGUGGGAAGUCCAUGAGUAUGGGCCCUGCAAUGUAAGUUGCGGAGGUGGGGUACGCCAGAGGGAAGUGUACUGCGUAAAGAAAGCGAGGUAUUUGUACCAAAGGAUUCCUCCCUUGGAAUGUGGCAACGCUCCAAGACCGAUCUCCAUGGAGAUGUGCAAUUCUGAUCCCUGUCCUGUAAGAUGGCGGUACAAGUCUGAAUCGUGCAGCAUGCCAUGCGGAGGAGGGGUGAGGCGCAGGCUCCUGUAUUGCACAAAGGUACUACCUGACCGAGAAGAGCUGACAUCAGACCACGAAUGUCUUCACUUGAACCGCCCCGAGGACCUUGAAUUUUGCAAUCUCCAUCCUUGCCCGCCAAGGUGGCAGGUUUCGGAGCCGGGACGGUGCUCUGUGCUCUGUGGGGCCGGUCUGGCGGAGAGGAGGGUGAUCUGCGUCCAGCUUCACAACGGGACGGAUGUGGAGGUGAAGAGAGGCCGCUGCUCGGGGCAGGAGGAGCCGAUGACACUGGUCCCGUGCGUGGUCAGCUGCCCCUUUGGCUGGACUCCCCAGAACUGGUCGGAGUGUUCAGUUUCCUGUGGGCAUGGUGCACGUACCAGGCAGUUGCUCUGUGUCAACCUCGACUCCACGGAGGUUGUGCUCGAUGCCUCCUGUGAUGAGCUGACGAAGCCUGCCACACAGGAGCCCUGUGACGUAGGACCCUGCUCAACCCAGCCAGCUCUUCAGCCUGUAACUCCGACAUCGGCUCCCACAGGGGUACCCGCAGCAACACCACAGCCCAGUACAGAAUCAACUACACAGGCUAAAAGCUCAAAGAACGAAGGUUUCUGCGGGAAGCUGCUGCUGAGUAAAUCAGGGAUGCUGAACCUGACUGGGUUGCAGCUGAGGGAGUGCACGUUCAGCAUUGUACGUCCGCUGGAUGAAAUCAUUACAGUCCAAGUUCUGUCCAGCACCUUAAACUGCAGCAGGAGGGACACUUUGUCAUUUUGUGGGCGACGACUGUUUUGGAAGACCUGCUCCCCACUGAAAGGGUUCACACUCACAUCUACCACCAACACACUAACAGUCAGGCAGCGGAGCAGCUCCAAGGACAGUGGAGCUGUCCUCCAAUACUCCAGCAGCCUCUCGUCCCGGCAAUACCAUAAAGAAUGUGAUGUCCAGCUACAUGGCCCAUGGGGUAUCAUAAAAAGCCCCAUGCAGUCCUACACGGAGGGCCAUGCCUGCCGUACAUUUAUCAAUGUAUCUCCCAUGGACAGGAUCAUAAUCAGAGUCCUGCACCUGAAGUUUAACGUCAGGGUGAAUACUACCACAUCUGACUACAUUCUGAUAAAGGAUGUCAGUACCCAGAGGUAUUCUGCAUAUCGCGGUAACAGCCUGUUCUUCUGGCAGUCACUGGGAAGCUCUGUUGAAAUUGAAUUCCAUGGAGAUUUCCAAUUCCGGGCCUUGUACAGAGCCACGCCAUCCUUAAAUGUGAGGGGCGUCCACCAACUGAACUGUGGGUAGUGAAAAACUGUGGCAGAUUCCCCAUUUCUGGAAGGUUCUCCCGCUGACCGGAUAUCCAUGCAGCAGCUGAUCAUGUCUUGCCCAAGCUGUAGCUGUAAGGACUUGGCAUUCUCCGAACUACAUGUAGACUGUCCCCUUCCCAUGUUCCCACCGUUGAAAACCAACCCUUCCUUGACCUAUUGCUGUAACCGUCCGUUUAAAGAAUCUGCUUCCAGACACGACUGAGAGAUUAUAUGCUCAAGUGAGACAUGAGCCCACUAAUUACUGACCCAGUAAGGAAAGUGCUUCCCACUUAGCCAAGGGUGACGGUUUGUUCCACUGAGUGAAGGCUCAUGUCCACAGCAAUUGGCAUCGCCAUCUAUGGUCACGUUGACUCCAGCUGCACUUCACGCUGCCUCGGAAAAGUGGUCGACUCAACCAAAGAUUUGUCAUUCCCCAGUCAUUCCUUCUCUUCCUCGCUUCCAUCUGGCAAAAGCUACAGAAGCUUGAAAUCGAGCACUGUCAGACUCAGGAACAGCUUCUUCCCCUCUGUUAUCAGGCUUCUGAACCAUCCUGCAAGCCAGGAUAUUGUCCGAUUCACCUCUAUCCCAAAGAAGGCAUUGGACUUUGUCUAUGGAACUGUUGCGCUACAAUGCUGAGAACUAUAUUCUGCAAUUGGUAUCUUCCCCUUUGCUCUACCCAUUGUACUUGAAAUUGACUUGAUUGUUUUAAUGUAUAGCAUCAUCUGAUCUGUUUUGAUAUCAAAACAAAGCUUUUAAUUGCACCUCGGUACACGUGACAAUAAUAAACGUAAACCUAAAUAAAAAACAAGGAAU